UUUGGGGGGAAAUCAGAAGAGAUCCCGCCGAAUCGAAUAGCGAGUUCGGAAACUCCGAGACCAGCCGAUUUCUUCUAAGUCGAAAUCCAUCGCCGCCCUUCUACCCGAAGUUUGUGGCGGCUCAUGCUCUCUCCGUCGGUGAAGUACAAUUCCUUGAUCGUAUUUGAAACGAGUUCAGGUUUGACGUUUUUGUUUUCUACUCAACGAAUGCCACAGUUCUGAAUCUGAACCUAGAUUCAGAGAUUCGUAGCUCUUCCUGCUUCCUAAAUAGGAUUUUUAGAGAUUUCGGACUGAGAGUUUGAGAUCUAAGACUUAGACGAUGGCGAGCGAGGAUUGCCGAGUUUAUCACGAGAGGCAAAAGCUACAGUUCUGCCUCUUGCACGCACUCAAUAACCUCUUUCAGGAAAAUAAUGCAUUUACGCGAGCGCACUUAAAUGCAAUUGCUGAAAAGCUUGUGCUCGACGAGCCAAACAAAGAACCUUGGACGCCAUUAUCAUUUGUCUUUAAGCCUCAUCACAACUCAGUAACUGGAAACUAUGAUAUAAAUGUCCUAAUUUCAGCUCUGGAAGAGAAAGGGAAGAGUGUGGUGUGGCAUGAUCAUCGGAAUGGAGCUUCUUCAAUCGAUUUGGAUGGGCCUGAGGCUACUCAUAAACUUAUGGGAAUUGUGCUUAACGUCCCAGUUAGAAGGUUUGGUGGCAUUUGGAAAAGCAGGCACUGGGUUGCUCUGAGAAAGAUCAAUGAAUUAUGGUAUAAUUUGGACAGUGAUCUGCCUACUCCUCAUACGUUUAAGGAUACUGACGAAGUAAGACAAUUUUUGGAUAAUGUGAUCAAUGACAAUGGGGAAAUUUUGCUUGUUAUGAAUGACAGGAACUAAAUCUCCUCCAUAGGAUACUCGUGUUUGUGCUUGAAUCAAAUGUAAAAUUAAAAUCAUAGCUGGUUUGUGUUGGCUGUUUUUUCUGCAACUUGUUUGGCAUACUGAGAUUUACUUGGCUUGAGUUUAUGUUUUUGAUUAUUUCACAUUGCUGAUAAAGAGGGGAAAUGAUUUGAAGUGAAAAGCAAUGAGAAACGGUUCAUGUCUGAGUUUUGCACCUAAAAGCCAAAUGAAGACGAUUAUCUUUAGUUGGAUCCUGAAUUUGCUAAGCUGCUGGCAAAACUGCCAUCAGAUGGAAUGGCGCCAGGUAUUUUACAGAGCAGAAUGGUUUGUUAUGAUU